AUGCAUGAAGCGCGGGAAGCCGCACCUAGGAUCGCAGUAAUCAUUCCGUAUCGGGACAGACAAUCUCACCUUCGUAUACUUUUGAAUAAUAUGCACCGAUUCCUCACAAAACAAAAGUUGGACUAUUCCAUUAUAGUGGUGGAGCAAAUCGAAAAUCAAACGUUUAAUCGAGCUAAGUUGCUCAAUGUUGGAUUUAUGGAGGCCAACAAAAUCUACAAAUGGCAAUGUUAUCUGUUCCAUGAUGUGGACCUUCUACCGGAAGAUGACCGUAAUUUGCACACUUGUCCUACCAAUAAUCCACGGCAUAUGGCAGUAGCAGUGAAUAAAUUUGACUACAAGCUUCACUAUGAAGAGAUGUUUGGCAUGAGCUCGGCACUUACGUUGGAUCAGUUCAAGAAACGAAUGGAUUUUCAAAUCGAUACUGGGGAUGGGGUGGCGAAGAUGACGACAUGUAUAAGAGGUAGGAACGCUACUGCCAUACAGCAGACAAACUUGAAAUUCAUUUAG